UCUCAAAGCCUUUUGCUUUCCAAGCUCAAAUGCUAGCUGAAAUCUGACGCCUGGACUGCACAUACUGUGAGACGUGGGCAUGCCCUUGCAGUGCACUGAUUUCCUCUGCAGCUUGGAGAGCCAGAGCCGCGCUGAGGCUCGGCUCCAUCAGGCAGCGAGUGCCACAUCACUGCACGGCCUGCACAAGGGGCUCCAGCAUGGUCCUGAGGCUCCUGCUCCUCCUCGGCGGGCUGCUUAGGGCUACCGAGCCGACACCCCCGCUGUGAAACUGGCCAAGAAACCCUAGGUCAAUGCCAAACCGUACAGAAAGCAAAAUGUGUGGACAUUGCUUUAAGUUCUUGUACUGAUGUUGCCUAUACUCAAAUGAUGUAUCCUAAUUUUCUGGAUCAGAAGUCUCGAGAAGUGAUUGAGUACAGCUCCGAGUACAUCCUCAUCAGUGUGCUGCACAACUUGCUCCAGGGAGAAUGCAAUCCGGACCUGAGGCUCUUGGGCUGCUCAGUGCUGGCCCCACAGUGCGAAAAGGACAAAGUUAUAAAGCCCUGCAGGCAUGUCUGUGAAAAUCUGAAAAAAAAUUGCCUCCCUGCCUUUGAUGCAAUAGACAUGGCUUGGCCGUACUUCUUAGACUGUGACCGCUUUUUUGCUGGGGAAGAAGAGGGAUGUUUUGACCCGCUGGCAAAGCUGCGAGGGGAAGUAGAUGUGGAGGAAGAUUUGCCUUCAGAUUUGCCAGCAACUUUUAUUCAGUUCAAACACCAUUCUUAUUCCCAAAUGGUGAGCACAUUAAAGAAGACUGCUUCUAAGUGCUCCCAUAUUGCAACAACUUACAGCAUAGGUCGCAGUUUUGAAGGAAAGGAUCUUUUUGUGAUUGAGUUUUCAACCAAGCCUGGACACCAUGAACUGCUUAAGCCAGAAUUUAAGUACAUUGGCAAUAUGCAUGGAAAUGAAGUUGUGGGGAAAGAGCUGCUAAUAUACCUCGCACAGUAUCUGUGUUCGGAGUAUCUUCUUGGGAACCCUCGCAUCCAGACCUUGAUUAAUAAUACCAGAAUUCAUCUCCUACCUUCACUCAACCCUGAUGGGUAUGAACUGGCUGCAGAAGAGGGAGCUGGUUACAAUGGAUGGGUCAUAGGACGACAGACAGCUCAGAACUUGGACCUGAACAGAAAUUUCCCUGAUUUGACAUCUGAGGCUUACAGAAGAGCUGGGAUUCGUGGGGCCCGCCUUGACCACAUCCCCAUUCCACAAUCCUACUGGUGGGGUAAGGUGGCUCCUGAGACAAAAGCAGUCAUGAAGUGGUUGAGGUCUAUCCCGUUCGUGCUCUCUGCCAGCCUCCAUGGGGGUGAGCUGGUUGUGACCUAUCCUUAUGACUAUUCAAGGCAUCCUAUGGAAGAAAAAAUGUUCUCCCCUACACCUGAUGAGAAGAUGUUUAAAAUGCUGGCUAAAGCCUAUGCAGAUGCACACCCAGUCAUCUCAGACCGAUCCGAACUUCGUUGCGGUGGAAAUUUUGUAAGACGCGGAGGUAUUAUAAAUGGUGCUGAGUGGUACAGCUUCACUGGAGGUAUGGCAGAUUUUAAUUACCUUCACACAAAUUGCUUUGAAGUCACCGUGGAGGUAGGAUGUGAGAAGUUUCCUUUAGAGGAAGAACUGUUUACAAUCUGGCAUGAAAACAGAGAUGCCCUUCUGAAUUACAUGGAAAUGGUUCAUCGGGGAAUAAAAGGAAUUGUGUCUGAUAAGUUUGGCAACCCAAUAAAAAAUGCUCGUAUUUCAGUCAGGGGCAUCCAGCAUGAUGUCACCACAGCUGCUGAUGGAGACUACUGGCGACUCCUGCCGCCAGGGACAUACAUAAUCAGCGCCCAAGCGGCAGGAUACAGCCGGGUGAUGAAGAGGGUCACCCUUCCUGCCAAGAUGAAACGGGCUGGGCGAGUCGACUUUGUAUUGCGACCCGUUGAGGCUUGGCCCAACAAGCUCCUUCGCCGCUCAAUGGAAGACCUGUAUGAUCCAUACGACCCACUGGAACUUUUUGACCCUCACGCCCAACAUGGGCAGCCCGAGGCUCGAGGUGCAUCACCGCCAGGCAGGGAGAAGCCCUGGUGGUGGUCUUACUUCAGUUCUCUAGACCUGCACAAACCUCUGUGGCUGCUCAAGCAUCAUUGAAGAGCAUUACGGUCCUCUGCUCACCUCACUCUGCUGCCCUUCCACCCAACUCCAGGCACCCUCGCUGCUUUUGGCAAUAUUUAAAUCUGUUUCGUUUGAAAAUAUAAUGUUAAUUUGAGCGCGCUUCUUUUAUUUUCUCUUCAUACACAACUGAGUAUAUUCAAGUGGUUUUAUAUAUUAAAAACAAUGGUGCACAUCCAUUCAAAGGCCAGGUUUUAAGCAUUCUUUUCUUGGUAAUGUUCUGUGCUCUGCCCAUGUAGUUAAUCAUCAUAUUCAUUAUUUAUUAGAUUCUAAGUACCUGCAGGAAAAUAUUCCUGAUCCUUUAAUGCAUUUUUGUACAUGUCUUAGCACAUUAAUGACUAUAUACUAAAAACAACUUUCAGAAACAUUUAGAAAACUCUUUUCUUUCCUCCUUUUGCAUUAUUUUAGCAUACUAAGUUCAGUUCAGUAACUCUUGCAAUACAGCUCACAAUUAUUAUUAUUUUUUAAUCCAUGAUGUGAUUUAGCAUUGAUUUUGGACAGAAAAAGAAAAAUAUUAGGAAUCUGAAAAUAAAUAUGCAUCUAAAUAAGUAACAUGUUCAGUAGAAUGGGCUGCUCAUAGGCAGGUCAGUAUCAAUAAUAACACAUUUUCCUAAGUAAAUUUUCAGAAGUUAUCCUUUGAAGACAUAUGUAUUAAAAGUGUUAAAUCUUUACAGCCUUCCUCCUUUGAAAUCUUUUGCACCGUGAGUAGGCCCAUCAAAUGAAGAAAAAUUCUUGGAAAGCAAAUUCUGUUCCAAGGACUUUGAAUAUCCAAUUUUAUGUUGUUUAAAUAUUAAUAUAAUUUGAACAGUUUGUAAUCUGUUAAGCAAGUAGAUUUUUCAUCUAAUUCAGCAAAAUACUGAAAAGUACUCUUACCGCUGGAAGUACACACAUCCUAUGAUAUAGAAAAGUACAUGAGAUAAUUUGAGAGUUCAGGUUACAAUACGACAUAUUACACUAAGAUUGUUAGUGCCAUACACUGUUUUGAGUCUACAUACUUGUUAAUGAAACAUAGACACCAAAGAAAUCACAAACUUCUUUUCAAGACAGUUGGGUAAAGCUAGGUGAAUAGCGUUCUUGCAAGAUGCUGUCCUUUCUCAGACAUCAGAUGUAAUGAUUUUUUAGGGUGACUCAAAAAAAUAUCCUUAAUUUUGAUCAAACACGUAGGCCCACACUUCCUUUUAGCUUGAACUGGAUAAUGAACUCUAUAAACCAAUAGUGUUUCCUCAUUUAAAUGCCACAGUGUGUGAAUAUGGUGAUGGUUUGGAGCUGAUGUACUUACUGCAGGAGCUGCUGGAUUAGCUUUCAGGAUUGCCCUUUGAUUUCAAAAACUUUUUUGCUCAUCUUAGGUAAAGAAAUCGACAUUGCAUGAAUCCUAUAUAGUCCAUGUGCACAUCUCUCAUGCUAUAAUCACCUAAGGAGACCCAAGAGAUGAAUGAUCUUAAUUCUGCAACCAGAUGCUACACAUGCCUAAGGACCUUAUUCCCAUUUGUAAUCUGAUUGAAGUUAGGAAUCUGUUAUUCAUGAGUUUGAGUCUCUGCAGGACUGGAGACUGUAAAAAUGAAAGAAAACAGUUUCACAGUAUUAACAAAAAGUAAUUAUAUGGGAGUGAAUGUACUGCAUGCACAUGGACAAGUGUUCCUUGCCCAGGCUUGCCAACUUAAAGAAACUCUGAAUCCUAAAUAUGCUAAAGUGAGCAAGAGAUACACCUCCAGUCUUUAUUUCCAGUAAUAGGUAUUACUACUGUUUUCUGUGGUCAUUAUUUUCAAAGCCACCAUCCUGUGAAAACAGUGGUAAAACUAACAAAAAAAGAACAAUAUCCCAAGUUGCUGGCUAUUGGCUACUCUUUUUAUGCACAUAAUGUAUUGCACACUUAGAAAGAUGUUUUCUGUAAGUAUUUCCUAGAUUCUUACAGGGCUAUUUAGAAUUUUUGCAAGUAAUCACAGUAAAACCAAGGCCACUGAAAUGCAAAACAGGAUGACUGCACAGGAAAUCCAUUUCUUUCCUGGAUUCCCAAGUUGAAAUAGCAGAUGGCAUUCAAGACUUGGGAAAGAUUUGCAGGGAAAAUUGUAAAGCUGUGUUAUGUUUGAGAGAGUUUGAAAAACUAGUAUUCUACACUACUAUACCACUAAUGUGAAAUCGGUAUGAUAGAGCAAGAGUAGCCUCCCUGUGCCUUUCUACCACAUCUGCAAAAAGAGGUGUCCAGUAGAAAGUUAAGAUCAAACUUCUGCUAAUUCACACACAACCACCUGUAUGGAUGGGAUGUAUUAAAAUGCAUUGAAACAACUAUGAGGGUCUUGGGAAUAGGUAUGCCUUAGUCUUUUGGAAUUACUUUUUUUUUCCUCCCCAAGAUAAAAUCUUCUGUUUUCAGGUCCUUGGAAGUGGGAAAGACUGCCAGAACUCCCUGGGUGGCUCUCAAAAAUCCAUUUUGGUUUAAAUUAGAUUUAGGACAUCUUUAUUGGUGCCUUGAGGUAAGAAAGAAAGAAAAGGAAGAAAGGGAAAAAAGGGAAGGAAGGGAAGAAAGGGAGGGAAUGAAAGGAAAAAGGAAGGAAGGAAGGAUUGGUCAAAAACAGCCAAAUAACAAUGCAGCCAAACUUAGCAUCAUCUUUCCAUUUUUAUUUGGGAUUAAUAUAGAUUCAGUUCUCCAUUUAUCUGGGAGAGAAAGUAUUGGCUUGAAUUUAUAUCCUGGAUUAGGUUACAUAAAUCUUCAAUAUUUAUUUAAAUCAAGAAAUGUGUGUUUAAUAGAUAGUUUUGCUUUAAAAAACCCAACUAAACAACCCAUCCUACAACUGUAAUAUAGUUAGAAGGAUUGUAAGUGGUUGUGAAGUUCAAGCAACUGUAGGCAGCUCUGUAACUAAUGUAUGAAAAUGAACACAGCAAUCAGCUCUCUCAUGCACCUCUCUGGAAGAUACUUAUGUGCAGAGUUCAACAGAACAUAUAGUUAGAAGUAUAUUAAAUACUUUUUGAAUAGGAAGAGGGAUUGAAAUGCUUUAGUGAGACAUGCCCUCCUAAGCUGAAGUACAAGUAACACAGGAAAAGAGUGAAAACCAACCAAAGUUCCCUGGCAGUCUCCAUCAUGCUUAAACCAUGCCUUACAGACUGGGCUUGGCCUUUUUCCAGUGCUACUUUGGAGCAUGACAGGUUCAGCAGUCAGACGGUGCUGUCAGGAAUUAUAGUGUGUGUUCAUGAGACUCCCUCUCCUUUUAAGUCAGAGUCUACAUAAUUUUUUCAAUUACCUUCCAACCACAUAUUGAACAGUAUUGAUGUAUGUUUUUGUAACAUCCUCCUUAAUAAUUAAUUUCCUAGUCUCCACAUUUGUUUCAGAGGGGAUCUUCUCUACCAUGGAGCCAAACUUUUUCUGCACAAAGCAAUCACAUCAAUAAACGUUCUGAUCUGCCAACUGUCCAGACCUCAUUGCUCUGCCAGCAAUGAAUCUUCCCAACAAGUUCAAGCACGCAAAUCUAACUAAAAACAUUACAAGCAUAAAGAGCAAAGAGAAAGGUCUGCUUAAGUCAUACAUGCUAAUUCUUUCAUUCAUAUGGCAGAAAAAAUUCAAGAACACAUACAGAAAAUAUCAGGAGACAAAUCACAAGCUGUGUGCAUGAAUUAUAUCAAAGAAGAUUUGAUUCUGCUUGUUCCAUUCAUAAAAACAUUUUAGAGCAAAAAGAACAGUAAUAGACAAAGACAGAAAAGUUCGCAGCUGGUGACAUCUUCAUCUCCUGUAACAAAAUGAUGUACCAGUCUUGGGCCACCCACAUAUAGGAACGAGCAUCUUUAUUUUCCUAAAGAUAGAAAAGAAGAGAGAGAUGUCUUAAGCUAACUGCCUGAAAACAAAACUUUAAGUGUCAAAAUCACUGACUAAUGGAAGCCCUUCCUGCUAUCAUUUUUCAUAGUGUUUAUACAGUUCUUCCUUUCAUGCCCUAGUUUAGCAGCUCAAGGGAAGCACUCCAAAACAAUAUUGCAGUCUUGUUUGAAGUUCUGCGAACCAGCUGCCGAGCAGAGUUUGUCAAGCCAGUGCCAUUUCUUUGUGUCCAUCCCUCUAGUAUUGCACUACAAUUCAAAAACAAGUCAGAGAUGUCUUUAGCACUUACAAAAGCAGCCGUUGAAGUGAGACAAGACUAUGUCUCCACAGUGAUGCCUGCAGACAGACUAGGAGAUCUCUGUGAUGGGUGGGCAUCUGCCCCGCAGCAGAGAAGCACUGAAGAUUCAGCCUCCAGGAGACAAGGAACAACAGGGAACGGAGCCAUUCAGGUGGCUUGGAUGGAAAUGUCAGCUGAAGCUGAUACCCCUUUUUACAAAGCUCCUGUCAGAGGUACUCCCACACUGCCUUCCUUCACAGCUUAAGAUCUAUCUUUUGAAGCUCCCGCAAUGUAAAAGGAGUGGAUGGGCGGCUGUAGUAUACUUCCCCUGCUGUCUUUGUCUUUGCAGCAUAUCGGAGGAGAGAUCCCAUUUGACAUUUGUCUUCUCUGACAUCCUGUACUCUCAAGUCGUGCUGCCAAAGGGCUUCACAUCAGCUUCCUUAUGGACACCUAGACCUCUGCGAGGAGAGGUGUGCUGCUUCCAGCCUUCCAUCACAGGCAGGGGGACACUGGAAGAAGGGCUUCUCUUGUAGGGGCUUUUUGGUGGCUGUGUUGUUUCUGGCUCCAAGCUGCUUAAAUGAGUAUGUGAUGAAUAGGGGAUUUCCCCCCAGUUUGGCAGCUCCUCCUGGCUCCCAGGGGCCACCAGUUUCACGCUGGUACAAAAACACUAGUGGUGUUGUGCCCAUGGUGAUAUAAGGGAAGGAGCUGAAUUCCUCUGCAGCACACCAUCAGGAAGCAUCUCAUUGUAAUACUGGAACUGAACCAGAUGGCCUUUAUGGGCAGAGCUUGGAAGCAUAACAUGACUUUCCCACCCUGUUUGGGGAUGUUAAUAGCACAUAAGGCCAGCUGGCAAGGUGCUGUCAUACCACUGAGCAGGCAAAUAAAUACUUUUACAAAUACAGGAAUUCUAGGCAGGUGAUUGCUUCUGCAGUGUCUGUGUAGAAUUGGAUUACGGAAAGGGAUGUAGCAAUUUUAAAAUAUUUCUAUAAAUUUAUAUAUACAUAUCUUUAAGUGCAUCUAUAACUUCAGUAUACAGGUCCUAACUUUGAAAAGAGGCAAGAAUAAAAACAAAAAUCAUCUGUAACUAAUCUUUGUUAGCAAGGUUUAUUUUACAUGUUGGGAAAAGAGAUUUAGAACUUAAAUAUUUCUCUAAAGGGUUAUAUCAUCUCCUAACUGUAGAGUUAAAAGCAUAGUGAUAGUGGAUGCUGAUAUUGUUUUUACUUUCCUUCUUUCAAAAUGGAAUUUAAACGUUUUUGUAUACUCAGUAAUACAAUGCACAUGCAUCUCUUGCAGUUUUCUUUCUGCCACAAGGUACAUAUUCUUUAUUUUCAUGAAAUGAAUAUUGGCAUUGUUCUAUGCUGGAUCUGAUUAAGCAUUUUUAGGUGUUUUUUUUUUUUUUAAUUUAAAAAAAUAGUGAUUCAAUGACAUGGGCAAGAAAAAGGCAGUAGAGAAUUCUUUUUUUAUGAAGUCAGGAUAUUUAGCUUUUCAUGAUUCAAACAGAAGCACAAUUCUGAAAUAUCAGUUUCCUGCAGGAUAGAAACUUAAUUUUAUAGAUUGCACCCCAUUACAUUUUGAGGAAAAUCUUUCUAAUAUCUGCUUUUUACCUUUUAGGAACUGUCAUGUAGUGUUUGAACAACAGGCUUGUUCUU